AUGGCGUCCUUUCGCUCAGCCGAAGCUGAAGCUCAAGACGGGCCGUUAACCUUUGAUGAGGCUUGCGGCCAAGUCAAUGGCAUGAAACUGCAAGGGCCGGAAAGACGACCUUUCCGGUCAGAUAGGGCGGUAGGAGAAGUUGAUGUGGGCGAUCUUCCUGUGCGGCACCUAGAAUCUAGUGUGGGACACAAAAUUGAGCAGUUCGCCGAUGCCCUCUUAUGCCACCCCAUCGAGAUCACAAGUGCCCUUUUCGAUAACCUCUACAAGAUUUGCUGCGAGAGCAAGUUUGCCCAGUUGCCUGAGCCUUUCAAUCUGAAGAAGGAACCCUCCGUGCCCUACACCAUGCAAAUCAUCAUUCAGUCGAGUGAGCCACCGGCAGGUGGAGAUCCAAACGGCUCCUAUUUCCACAUCUUCAAGCAUGUGUACUUGCAUCGCAACAAACUCACCGCAGCGGACUGUGUCGCUAUGUGUCACGGCACUUCUUUGAGAUUCGAAUGGGGACAUCAUACAAGAGUUGCUCUCAUGGGACUGAACUUCAUGAUGGACAAAAUGGGCGGUAAACAGCUUAGAUUUUGGGUACUCAAGCCCAAGUACGAGAAAAAAAUCACUGUGGACCAACAGGCCAGAGAAGAAGGCUACAAGUUCAUCAGGGACUUUGGCCCAAAGGCCAAUAAUCGCAACCAAUUCAUGGAGUGGACUGAUGAACACAUCAACAUGCCUGGGAGCAAGAUCGAGGGUUGGCCAGAGGGGAAGGUCAAGGAAGCACUGCACAAUCACAUGCGCGGCAGGCAGAAUGCGAAGUCGCUGGAAUACUGGCCCUUUACACUGAAGUCGUUCACACCGUGGUUCUUUGACAUCAUCCUCACGAAGAUGCUUCCCACCAUGUUCAAGCCGGGUGUGUUCGACGACGGCAUGCUCCAGAAAAUGGAUGCCUCUUUCCUGAAAGCCUUCCUCAACCCCUCUGUGUCUUUGUUUCGUGCUGGUCGGCAUGCUUGCAACAAUCCUUAUGAUCGCAGAGUCGAUGAGGAAGCAUUCGCCGCCAUGAACAGCCGGAAAAUCUGGGAAAUUCCACACGAGACAUUCCUGAAGCUGAUCAACCCAUCAUUUUGCGGUGUUGAUGAUGAUGAGGACAUGGCCGCAAUCUUGGCCCGAACCCAUCUCAUCGUACUCACUGACAAUGGCAUCUACUACCGAGUUGCGGCCACCAGCACUUCUCCUGCGCCAUUCAUUGAGUGGGAGAAAGAUCAACCCAAGGACUUGCUCGCACCAUCUUACCACGCAAUCUUCAAAGCCUACAAGCUCAAUCCUUCUCAGCAUCAACUUCCGGACUGCUAUCACGAAGACUGUGCUUGGUCACAAGAGAUGCUUCGCAGACUCCUGAAUGGAGAGACUAUCCCACGCAGUCACACUAUCCGUACUCCUACGAGUCCGUUCGGCGAGCGUAGGCCACCUCAGUCAGUUCAUGCGUCUGUCCUUUCGCCUGAAGCACUUCGCGUCAAGAUCAAGGAAGAGAAGGUCACAACAGCAUUUCGGGCUUUGAAGGCAUCGGCUCCACAGGUCAUCGAACUUGACUCGCCUACACCAUCAAAGAAGCGACCUCUUCCGACUGCAUCGUCCGCCCAUGUGGAUUCCAGCAAGAACCCAAAGAUCAAAGCUUCUUCGGUCUCUGACAUCCCCAACCCAGAGUUUUCAGGCAAUUCGUGUGUCCCCUGCGAUGACUUUGAUGACGAAGAUAUCAUGCCACAGGUCGGUCAGCAUCCUGAUGAAAUUGAGCGCAUGUUGGAAGCUAUCAUUGACGAAGAGUGCACAGAAAUGGACGUGGUGGACUCAAUGGCGUGGUGUCUGUAUGUUGCUAAAGGGGUGCAGCGCAUGAUUGCGAAGCGUCCGGCCGGCAAGAAGCAAGCUGAGUGGAACAAGAUUCCUUAUCAGAGGCAUUCAGAGGGUCCCAGUCAUGUUCGGAAAGAGCAAGUAAAGUGGCAGCGAAGCCUGGACGAGCUCUUGACUGCUACUCCCCAGGGCAUCAUACGCAUCUUACAGGAGGACAAGAUGCUACCCGACUGGACUGGUGCUGUAUGUCCUCAUUGCAACACAGGAAGACUCAGUUCCCUCAUGACUCGUCCCGGUUCUGAUCAUCUCGUGUAUCGAUGCAAUCGCAAGCAUUGUCAGCACUACAUCUCGCCUGUGGAGCUGCACCCGAUCUUCACAAAGACCAUGGGUUCAGAAGGCCACUCCCUACAGAAGCAAGCUGCCGCACUCUUACUUCGACUCGUCAACGUUCCUUUGGCUGACAUUCACAUCUUGACCCACAUGAACCACAAAGCAGUUGAGCACAUGAACAAGAACUUGUCACUUCUUCGCAAAGGUCAUGUGCAGGAAUCCGAAAAGUCCAUCUGCUUUGGAGGGAACCCCAAGAGUUGGAAAGAUGUUGAGGUCGAUGAGGCCACCUUUAACAAGAAAACGUUGCAAGAGUACGAACUCACAAAAGAUGAUGCUGCAGCAAGCAAAAACGUGCAGUGGGAGCAGUGGGGCGGCCUUAUUCAAAGAGGAUCUCCACACACCCUGGUGUUGACAAAGCUCAAUCCGGCAAUCACCGUGCCCAGAGCCCCAGGCCCAGGGGCUAUGCGCAAAAUUGACUGGAAACCUCUAGCAAACAAGUGGCUCAAAAACCGAUCCGUCGUGCUCCAUUCCGACUCCGCGCGUUCCUACCGCAUGAAGAUCCCUGGCGUCGUUCAUGAUGCUGUCACUCACAAGAAGAAGCGAGUGAAGCGGGGUGGUAAAUUCGUCUGGGUUCAACCUACCUAUGUCAAGGUGUCCAGCCACAAACUCCCGAAUGGACGCCGCAUCAAGACAAAGGCAUUUUUUUUUGCAUUUGCAUACGCAGCUCAAUGGUGA